AUGGAUCCAACGUUGACCGUCCACCAGAUGAAGGAGUUGGAGGAGGUCGACGCGUCGGGUGAUCCUCCCGGCUGUGGUGGAGAAACCGCCCGUGGCGUCCUGGAGAAGGAGCCCAUCCCCUGGGCGGACGAGGAAGGGCAGGAGGACGCCGACCGCGACCACCUGCGCUGCCUCAAGGUGGUCGCCGAGAAGAUGCGCCUGCGGACGAGGAGGCCCUCCUACCUCGAGUGGCUGACUCUCGUCGAGGCGCAGGAGCCCCGAGGGAGCGACGCUCACCCGGCGUUUGUGGCUCGCUCGGCCACCCGUGGCCCGCCCUGGGCACCGCGCACAGGGUCCGUGCCAAGCCCCCGAGCCGGUGCCGGCGCUGCGCUCGAGUCGACGGGGACGCACGUGGCGCAGUGGCGCGGAGGCGAAUUUGGACCCACGCUCACGUGGCUACGAAAGCAGCUGGUGGAGAUGCGAGUGCAGGACCAGCAGCUGGCGCGCGAACUCGUGAACGUGCAGAGCGCCGUGUCGCGACUCAAGGUGGCGAGGCUGCUGGGCAGCUCGUACGGCGGUCACGCGGGGACCACCGGGGGCACGGGAGGAGAAGGCGGCUCUUGA